UGAACUAAUUUGAAAAUGAGCAGGGCCGGUCGAGGAGGAGGCCGCGGUGGCUUCACCAAAACCAACCCCCAGUUUGCUUCGCUUGGUGUGAACUCUGCAGAAGGAGCCCCCAUGUUAGUUACCCAACCACCCCCAUUAUACCCAUUACUAGCCCGCAGACCUGUACCAUUAACACAAUCAUCAGAUCUGGAUUAUUUGGUUGUGCUAAGGCAAGAUUACAUAGACCAUAUGCAAUUAUCUUCGUCGUUUCUGAAGAAGCCACAAACUGGAACUGAAUCAACUAAUGAAAUUGAUAGACUGUUGUCACAAUUGCCACAAACUAAGGGACAGUAUGAAUGGAAUUUGUUGCCAGCGGAACUGCGACCGAAAGUCCUUGCAAAGAGAAACAAAGUGAAUGCGGUUUCUAAAAACGUUGAUAUACAAGAAACGUUAUUUAAACUGGAGAAAAUGGAGAGUGAAGGUGCAGAAGAGACGAAAGAAAACGAGGCUGCAGAAGACGACGAGGAAGAAUUGAAGCUUUCCGAACCGGAGGACGAAGAGAUGGACGAUGGGACAGAUUAUGCAAAUAACUAUUUCGAUAAUGGUGAAGCGUAUGAGGACGAAGAAGAUAAUUUGGACGAUGGACCUGUGUAUUAAUUAAAUUAUAUUGAAUAGAAAUAUAUUUUAUCUAAAUUCAUGCUA